GCGAGUGGCGCGGGUUUCUUCCGCAUUCGCGCCCUCAGGUAGGGGCUUAGCGGAGGGGUGCAGGUCCAUCACAGGUCCGGUCCGGAACCUGGAGAGGAAAGCCCGCCAUGGGGGCUGCCGCAGGUGGACACUGAGGACUUCCUGGAGGAGGUGGCGCCGCGGAGGGUCGGAGGCGGCGAGCAGUCUAGGCUGAUGGCAGCAAUCCUUUCCCAUCUCGGAGACCAGGAUGUGGAAGCUGUAUUCCUGACAGCUAGGUGGAAGGAGUCGGUGUCGUUUGAGGAUGUGGCUAUGUACUUCAGCAGAGAGGAGUGGAACAAACUUGACUGGGCUCAGAAGGACCUCUACAGAGAUGUGAUGCUGGAGAAUUACAGGAACAUGAUCUUGCUGGGAUUUCAGUUUCCCAAACCUGAGGUGAUCUGCCUGCUGGAGCAAUGGGAAGAGCCAUGGAUCCUGGAUCUACCAAGAACUGGGACUAGGAAGCCUUCCAGUAGUGCUUGUCCAGGUUCUGAAACCAAAUGGAAGAUGAAAAAGCCAAUUCCAAAGCAGAAGGUCUAUGAAGAUUUGGAGUUGUGUAACACAUCGGCAGUAAAGCAGAAAACAGCCAAGAGACCUUCAGAAAAGCUACAUAAAUGUAACGAAUUGGUGGACAUUUACAGCCUCACCUUCCCCACUAUUGGUGAUGAAUGCAACAAGAACUUCCUUCAAAACCUUCACCUUCUUCAAGAUCAGAAUGCUCAAGCAGGGAAGAGGCACGGCCAGCAUGAUGAGUAUGGAAAGCCUUUCAGUCAGAGAUCACUGCUUUUGCAGAAUAAGCAGAUUCCUCCAAACACAAAAUCUUACGAAUGCAGUGAAUGUGGAAGAGUCUUCAGGCGUCAAGCAAAUUUUGUUCGACAUCAAAGAAUUCACACAUCAGAGGAUCCCUUUGAAUGCGACAUAUGCGGGCAAGCCUUCAAACAGAAGUCCACUCUUGCUGUCCAUAAACAGUGUCACCUGCAGAAAAAGCCAUAUAAAUGUCAUGACUGUGGAAAAUGUUUCCGUCAGAUGGCAUAUCUUAUUGAACAUAAGAGGAUCCACACCAAAGAAAAACCCUAUAAAUGUAGUGAGUGUGAAAGAACGUUUAGUCAGAAUUCAACCCUUAUUCGACAUCAGCUAAUCCAUAGUGGAGAAAAACCCCAUAAAUGUGUUGAAUGUGGAAAAGCCUUUGGUCGGCAUUCAACCCUCAUGAACCAUCAACAGAUUCACACUAAACAGAACACUCAUAAAUGCAGUGAAUGUGGGGAUUGCUUCAGUCGGAAUGUAGACCUCAUUCAGCAUCAAAGAACCCAUACCAAGGAGGAAUUCUUUGAAUGUAGAGAGUGUGGAAAAACUUUUAGUUUCAAGGCAAAUCUUCAUCGCCAUGAGGUCAUUCAUACCGGAGAGAGACCCUACAGAUGUGACAAAUGUGGAAAAUCUUUUAUUUGGCGUACAAGCUUUAUUAAGCAUCAGGGUACUCACAGAGAACAGAUAUCUAUGUGAUACUAACUGGAAAAAGACCAUUUAAAGACCACAACUGGGGGCAUCUGUCUGGCUGGCAGUGGAGACUA